GGUCGGAGCGGAGCCGCCUCUCGGUGCUCUGUGUCCGGGCUGCAGCUUCUCGUGCUCUCGGUGAACUUUUAAUUCUCGCGGACUCGCUUUCUUCCGCGUCUCAUGUCAUUUCCUGUGAUAGAAAUGGUGGCCACGGCCACAGCUCGGAGAGGCCACCGAGUCUCUGCACACAUUUAACCGCAAACCAGCGGCCAGGCCGGGCCGGGUCGGGCCGGGGGUCGGUGCGCUGCGGCCGGGAGGGGCUCGGAGCUUCACCCGGGAGACACGCACCGUGUCCCCGCUGCGUCUCCGCUCAAGAGGUUUGUGAAGUGGACGACGUGCAGGAUUCUACCAACAUGAUUCCACCAUGAGUGAGCAGCCGACAGACCUGUGGUUCUGUGAGGAGUGUCAGGACUAUUUCCAGGAGGAGUGUCCGUCUCAUGGGCCCCCACUGUUUGUCCCUGAUACACCCGCAGUCCCAGGGUCGGUCAACAGGGCGGUGCUCACGGUCCCGACGGGGCUGGAGGUGUUCACAGAAGGAGACGAGGUGGAUGUUCGCUGUGUGGGCAGGACCUUCCCAAAGGGGGCAGUGUUUGGUCCCUACGAGGGGGAGCUGGUGUCUAAGGACAAAUCAUCUGGCUUCUUUUCUUGGAUAAUCGUUGAUUUGAACAACACGUACCAGUCGAUCGACGGCAGCGAUGAGACCAAAGCCAACUGGAUGAGGUUCGUCCGGACCUCGUCGGAGGAGAGCGACAGGAACCUGACGGCGUUCCAGCGCGGUAAAAACAUCUACUUCAGAGUCUGCCGGAGGCUGCAGGCCGGAGACAAGCUGAGGGUUUGGUACAGCGACGACUACAUCCAACGACUUCACUGCGUGUCCCAGGAGAGCAUCGACCGGAACCUGGACACGGAUCCCAGGAAGCUGCCCAACCUUCAGAAGGACUUCAAGUCUCCUUGUCAGCUUUCAGCUCUGCAGGGUAAACUCUUCCCCUCCAAGCAGCCCAGUGAAGAACCGGACAGCCAGCCCCCUGCCAAGAGGAAGAAGAUCGACCUCAUCUUCAAAGACGUGCUAGAAGCUUCUCUGGAGGACUCCAGCAAACCCCGGUCCCGGCCUUGCCUCCCCAGCGAGUGCAAAAUAGCGGCGCAGAGGUUUGAUUCGUCAUCUGAGAUCGGCUUCAAUGUCCCCGACCUGAAGGUGGAGGAGAAAGAGGAGGAGAACCAGAGCAGCGAGGAGCCCUCCACCUCCUUCUGCCCCAACUGUGUCAAACUGAAGAGGAGGAUCCUGGAGCUGGAGGAGGAGCUGUCUCGUCUCAGAGGUCCAGCAACGUCUGAACAGACCCGAACCCAUCACGACCAGGCCCCACCUCUCCCUGAGCAAGGCCCCAUCGAGGACUUCCAAGGGAUGGAGCCUCUGACGCCCUCUCAGGUGGUUCUGGAUGAAGACGACCAGGAUGUGGACUCAGCCGAUGAGUCACUUGUAGCAGAUCUGGUCAUCUCCCCAGAGGACUCGUCAAAGCUUUCUUCGGGAGGAAGCCGACGGAUUCGACGCUUUAAGCAGGAGUGGCUGAAAAAGUUCUGGUUCCUGCGCUACUCGCCGACCUUGAAUGAAAUGUGGUGCCACGUCUGCCGCCAGUACACCGUCCAGUCAUCUCGCACCUCGGCCUUCAUCAUUGGCUCCAAGCAGUUCAAGAUCCACACCAUCAAGCUCCACAGCCAGAGCAACCUCCACAAGAAGUGUCUGCAGCUGUACAAGCUGCGCAUGCAUCCGGAAAAGACAGAGGAAAUGUGCAAGAACAUGACGCUGCUGUUCAACGCCGCAUACCACCUGGCUCUGGAGGGGCGGCCCUUCUCCGACCUCCGCCCGCUGGCAGAGCUGCUGAAGAAGUGCGACCUCAAAGUGGUGGAUCAGUACAUGAACGAAGGUGACUGUCAGAUCCUCAUCCACCACAUCUCCCGGGCUUUAAAAGAGGAUCUAGCUGAGAAGAUGCGCCUCUCUCCCUUCCUGAGCAUCAUAAUGGACGCCCAAAACGACGACCUGUUCUCAGACCUGGUGGCGGUUUACGUUCAAUUCACGACCAAUGAGGGCUCCCCCAACACAGAGUUCCUGUCCUUGCAGAGACUGGGCAUGGCCAACGUGGAUGGCUACCUCCAGGUCAUGGAUCGUGCCUUUGGCAUCCUGGGCCUCAGGUUUCAGGACUUGCUGGUCGUGGGUCUCGGGGUGGACGGCACCACCAUCUCUUCGGCAAUGAGAGCAAACCUGUACAUAGCGGUCCAAAAGACCUUCCCCUGGAUCCUGUGCCUUCCCAUCAUGAUCCAUCGGCCUCAUUUAGAAGUGCUGGAUGCCAUCAGUGGGAAGGAGCUCUCCUGCCUGGAGGACCUGGAAAACAACCUCAAGCAGCUCCUCAGUUUCUAUCGCUACUCGCCUCGCAUGAUGGCCGAGCUACGAUCCACCGCUCCAACGCUGUCAGAGGAGACAGAGUUCCUGGGAGACAUCAGAGCCAUUCGAUGGAUCAUUGGAGAACCCAACGUCCUGAACGCUCUCAUCAAAGAUUACCUGGAGGUUGUAGCACAUUUGAAGGAAAUCAGCAGCCAGACGCAGAGGGCUGACGCUGCCGCCAUCGCUCUCACUCUCCUCCAGUUCCUCAUGGACUAUCAGUCAGUGAAACUCAUCUACUUCCUGCUGGACAUCAUAGCUGUUCUCUCACGUUUAGCCUUCACCUUCCAGGGAGAGUACUUGCUGGUGUCGCAGGUAGAAGCUAAGAUAGAGGAGGCCAUCCAAGAGAUCGGCCAGUUGGUGGACUGUCCCGGAGAAUAUCUGCAGGAGUUUGAGGAAAAUUUCAGAGAAAGUUUCAACGGUGUUUCCCUGAAGAACCUACGUGUUGCAGAAUCCAAGUUCCAGUCCAUCAGAGAAAAGAUUUGCAACAGGAGCCAAGGCAUCCUUUCUCAGAGGCUGGACGUGCAGAGUCGCUCAUUUGCCAAAGCCUGCAAGGUCCUGGACCCGUCCACAUGGCCUCACAACCACGACGACCUGCAGGCCUACGGGGAGGAGGAGAUCCAGAUCAUAUUCAACCACCUGGAGUCGGUUCCCUCUUCAGGGCAGGACGGCUCUCAAGCCCGGACGGUGACCAGGAGCAGCCUGGUGGUGGAAUGGAAGGAUCUGAAAGCAGACUACUACAGUAUGAACGGCUUUAAAGAGGUCAUUGGUCACAUCUGCAGGUACAAGCAGCGUUUUCCUCUACUGCACCGGAUUGUGCAGGUGGUGCGGGUCCUGCCCAGCUCCACGGCCUGCUGCGAUAAAGGUCGAGGGUCUCUGCAGAGGAUGUGCAAGAACAACCGGUCCCGUCUGACCCUGGAGCAGAUGAACGACCUGCUCACCGUGGCGGUUAACGGGCCGCCCAUCGCUAACUUCGACGGGAAGCGAGCGCUGGACAGCUGGUUUGAAGAGAAGUCUGGAAACAGCUUCUCGCUCUCAGCGGAGGUGUUGAAUAGGAUGUCUACGUCUGAUCAGAAGUCUGUCCUGCACAGUGUGGAUGUGAACACAGAGUUCUACCCUGACGUGUGACCGGGAAACCCAGGACUGCACUUUUAUAACAGGACAAUGCAACGAAUUUACUCACAUAGAGGCUGAAAAUAUAAACUAGGGUUUAAUCGUCAUCCUCAUUCUUGUGUUUAGGAGGAAAACUGAGCAUGCAUGGACAUUUACAGAUUUAUCUUUCAGUAACUACAGUUCCCUGGCUGCACUCGAGCAGCCUCCCACACACUGAAGGGAUGUCUGAAAACUUCAUGGAGAGUGGAAAUAAAUAGAAGGUCCUCAGUUAUACUGGUCAUAGCACAUUCAAAACCAGCUGAAACAAGGACAACUGGACCUGGAGUUUGUUCAAGACGUCUUAAAGAAACGUUACGUCUUCCCUAACCUUAACUGAAUGUCUUCAGGAAACUCAAGUUCAGUUGAACUUGAAUUAAUCUUUUAUUUUAAAGAGAUACAAAAAGAAUGUGUCAUUGGAUUUGUUUUUAUUUUACUGUUGUUGUUCAUAUUAAGAUGUGAGGCCGUUUUUCUAAAAUGUCUUAGCGUGUUAGGGUGGAGGGUCCUCAUAAAGAUCCCAGUGUCUCAUAAUGCUGCACAUUAUGAGACACUGGGAUCUUUAUGAGGGGUCAGGGUCCCGCUGUGGCCGACUGACUGAGUGUUGUGGGACCGAGGGCCUCUCUGCUCUGUUUGGUGUAAUAAUAACACGGUUGUUGUGACAGUAACAGGCCGUCUCACAUCAGGAACAAUCAGUUAGUGUCAAACUGAAGUCAGUGGCUCUGAGCCGCUCUCUGCUUCAGCCAAUCAGCCGCUGGGAUAUUCACUAACCCAACAGACAAGGCUUUAUAUUUCUAUUAGAAAUGCACACAGCCCUGCUUCACGCUGUACAUACAGGACUAACUGUACAUUUUGUAAAUGCUUUUUGAGCCCGUUUUUAAGGAGAGUAUUUUUCUCUUGAAUUUGAAGAUUGUGCCAAACCGGUGGAAUGCUGCGACGCCACGCUGUCCCUCGCCACGCAUCUUUAAAGUUUACUGCAGCCAGCGAACACACCUGAAACGAGUUUAUCUUUCUGCCUGGAUGUUCAGCAGAAUCACUUCAGACUUUCAGCCAAAGCUUCAGACACAUUUUAAAAGCUGCAUGAACAACUGAUGCUUUCAGCACCUUAUUGUGAUUAUUGUCCCGACGUCUGAUGGUGUUUAAUGCACAAAUAAAUGAGAUGGUCACUUUGUUUUCACCAAAUGUUUCUGAACUUAGAUUUUUGUCCGUGACUUUAAGCAAUGCUUUGAUAUUUCUUAUUUCUUGAUGUUGAUACGAGGAGGAUAUCAUCCCGGGAGUUCAUCUUUACGUGACUCUCUGUUUCUGGUUCUCGUCUCUGAAGGUUUUACUUUUUAUUUGAGAAUGAAAGAAAUAUGUGAACGUGCUAUAAAUCAGACACAUGGGCAUGGAAUUGCUUCUAGUAUAGACCAAGAAAUAAAUAAAUGCAUAAAUACAUUUUGAAAAUGA